AUGCGGAGCUUCCUGCUGCAUGGUCCUCCAAUAAGGCUGUGUGUGGGCCUUGCCUGUAUCCUCUCUCUCUGGAACGCAGUGUCUGGUCUUAAAGGAGAAGGCAAGAAAGAUAAGGAAAUGGCUCUCCCACCUGUAACAGUGUCUGGAAAUGAAGGUCUAAAGAAGGAGAAAUACGGAUCCUUCCCUCAUGCAGCAGAGUCUGCCUUCAGAGAAAAAAAGGUGGUAAAGGGAGUAGAGGCUCUUGUAACUACAGAACUCCCAGCAAGGUCAGUGGAUCUGUCUGCACUCAACCUGACAGAGCUUGUGAAUGGCAUGCUCAGUAGGGCUUUAAAAGAUAGCAAGCAAUUCUUUUCCGUGCUUAGCAUCACUUCUUAUAGUUCAUUUGCCUUUCACAAGGUUUCCGUGGCCAUCUACAACAUUUCCAACCCAAAGACAGUUGACCCAGCCAAAUUCCCUACCAGGCACUGCUACUGUUUGAGCAAUAGGACCAAUGACUUAUCAGAUUUCACAGCAUUGCUGGUGGACAUUGUUGGAAAUUCUACCAGCUACCUUACUGAAAUUUUUAAGUCAACCUCCAUCCUCUCUGUGAGUCAGACCAAUGAAUCGGACUGUGUCUUCAUCUGUGUGAUGGUGGGAAAGUCAGGAAGGAAUCUUUCUGACUUCUGGGAGAUGGUGGAGAAAUCCCCUGUUAUCAACUACACAUUUACCAGUGGUGUGUCCAGUGCUUUGGGAACAACUACCAGGGGGACAGCAAGGACUUCAAGGCUCAUGACUCAAAGCCAGCAGUCACUUCUAAGACCGUAUUCUGCACACUGGAGCACACAAUGGGUAUCUGCUCUGAAGUCCUUUCCCUGGACAAAGACAACUGCUCCUUCAGAGAAAGCGUUGACAGAAAGCAAACAGAUGUUUCCAGAGCUUCCCGUUGGGACCCUAGGUACACACCGUAGUGCCCCAAGCUUGGGGAACAUGACCAGAACACCAUGGCAGACAAAUAGAUACACACAAGCAUCUACAGUACCCAUGCCUAUGCCACUAACUGUGGAUGAUAGCACACCUGGAGGACCACCCUGGGCAAGCCUUCCCUCCACACCAGCCUCCACUGAAGAUGCCCAGCAGCUCAGGAGCACAGGAAACCUGUUGCAUCCUACUGGGAUACUGACCACACCUAGGCGACUAGCACAGCCCAGCAGAGUCUCAGGAACACUCCUUCCUGGAACACAGACUCCAAAUCCAACCAAAGCACCAGCUCCUAGAGUCCCACAGACAGAUGGUAUUCCUGCAGAGUGGCCAUUCACCCCUGAGAAAGAGCCAGUUCGGGUCCCAGCAACCCAUCAAGUUUCAAAGUGUCCUUGGCCCCCCCUCCAUGAAGAGGCCAAUACAGAUACUCCUCUGUCCCUGGCCAUGAAGAAACUCACCCCAUGCCUGAUGGAGCUCUGCCGCUUCUUCCAGCAAUGCCUCUGUGCAGUCCAAAAGCGGGAUUUCAGUUCAGAAGCAACAAGCAGUUGUUGCCUGCCAGAGAAAAUCAGGAGGCUGAUCACACUUCAUUAG